GACUGGAUGUCAAGGCGUAACCAAUAGACAAACAAAUAUGCAAAUAAGCUCUUAUUUAUGUGUACACAAUUAAUGAUUCAUAUAGGCCUGCGUUAUAUGAAUUUACCAAAAUGAGACAUGCCUUUGACCAAUAAUCUAUCGUGUCUGGACAUUUCUGCACGUUUUUUCGGUUUUUGCCAUGUAAAAUCUGGACUGCAGCAACGCGUCACGACUCGUCUGUUUUCCCACAAUGCUUUGCGGUAGGGUUGCUGUGUGUACUCUGGUGUGUGCGCUGUCUGUGGUGCUGAAGCUGCGCGUGCCUCGGAGGCUGAUACCAUAGAAUUCCAGCGAGCAUCCUUCCGCGUGAGGACCAGCACGAGAGGUCUGUUGUUUUCAACGGUUGGGAAAUUCAGGAUGUUUCUACCAGCUGUUUUAGCCAUAUUUAUCUUUCCAUAACAGCAAACAGUAGUUAGGCCUACAGGACGUUUACUUAUAUUCUUAAAGCACAACCUACAAUCCGAAUACGCUUCUGAAGCCGUUUUCUUGACUGUUUAUCAAGGCUCGUCGUCCCUCCGGUGCCUCCGCCUGCCCAGCCGUUUUUGCCGCUCCAUCCCACAUCCUUUAUGCACAACACGUUGCUCCGGUCCUCCCCAGCAAAGCACACAUUCGUGUCCGAACACCAUGGCCCGCUCCAUUCGCUUUCUCUGAGAGACAUGGAAGCCAAACAGCACCAGAUAAAGAGCCUUAAAAGCUACCCAGAGACCGGCGGGCCGAGCCCGGGCGCGGGCGCCCGGGGGGGGGGGGGCGGCGGCGGGUAUCGAGCCAGCUCUGCUGAAAUGGAGAUGGAGGUGAAGAUCCAGAAAGCCAUCGACUUCAAGGCGGAGGGUCACCGAUGCUACAAGGAGAAGAAAUUUCGGGAAGCAAUAGGCAAGUACCACAGGGCGCUGCUGCAGCUCAAAGGGGUGCAUGUUGUCGACGGGACGGGUCCCGAGGUCAACCUGCUGACCCAAGCCGCGACCAAGCUGACCGAGGAGCAGCGGAGAGCCGUGGAGAACACGGAGAUCGAGUGCUACGACAGCCUGACAGCGUGUCUGUUGCAGUCCGAGCUGGUAAACUAUGAGAGAGUAAAGGAGUACUGUCUGAAGGUACUGAGCCACCAGAGAGACCACUUCAAGGCCAUGUACCGAGCCGGCAUCGCCUUCUAUCACCUGGGUGACUAUGAAAGUGCCCUACGCUACCUGCGUGAUGCCAAGAACCGUGAACCUACAGACACCAACGUGCUGCGGUACAUCCAGCUGACAGAGAUGAAGAUGAGCAAGAGUGGACAGCGGGAGAGAGAGAGCGGCAAAGAGACCCAGGGCUAACCCUCGACCUUGUCACCCUCCUGCCCUUUGACCCCUCUCUCCACCUCCUCUAUCAGCUCCUGACAGCAGCACAGUCCACAGACAGAAGAGACAGACCCGACCACCCAGAGAACAACAGAAGACAUAUCAAGUCUGUGUGCAACCUACCAUCCUUUACCUUUCUUUCCCUCUUCUUCUCCCCCUUCCUCCCUCAGGUGCUGGGUUUCCUCUCCCUAGAUGCGCACAGUCAAGCAAACACACACAACAAGAAAAAACAAGGAUAAUGCUGUAUUAUACUCAUUGUGGUGGAAUGAAAAAGGAGCUUCAAAACAUACAUAUAAAUAAUGGACUUUUGCGUGAUUUAGUAAAUGUUUUAAAACCAUCAAAUGCAUUUGGUUUCUGCUCUGUUGCUCUCUCCUUUUCUCUCUGCCUUCUCUGUUUCCAGCUCUUGAGGAGAAUAUCAGGGUUGGGAAGCUCAUCCACACUGGGAGUAGGGCAGGUGUGUUUGUGGAGGAAGUUUGAAACAUAAGCAGGGGAUAGUGAGGGGUGUGUGUAGCACAUAUCAAGACCCUAGCAGCCCAGUUUGACUGUACAUCCUCCUCCAGCAGGGCUCGCUCAGGCCCCUUAUUCAAACUAUGGGAGAGACUAGAAAUCUAUCAUCAAGUAGAGAAAAAGCCUGUUGCUCUUCUGUCUCACUUUUCUUUCCUGGAUGCCAUGUAUCUCAGUUUCUAGACUGUUUUUUCAAUUCAAGGGCUAAUUCAAGCAUUUGUAAUCCAUUAGUAGGAUUUUGAAUUUGUUUUCAAUGUUCAUCAUACUCAGUAGUAAGUACUGGAUAUUAAUAGCAUCUCUAUGUGCAAUACUGUUACCAAGUGUGUGCUGUUGUGGAAAAUGGUGUCUUGACUCUGUCAUCUAAAGCCCCUCCUGGGUCAUGUGCCGUUGCUGAUCUUGUUGAGACUGUCAAAGCCCCUCCCUCCCUCCUAUCACCUCCCCUCUCUGGUCUCCCAUUAAUGAUGUCACAACGGAAAAUAGCCAGUGGGAUCGGAGUUCAAUCAACUGCCGUUGGCUAGGUGGAGAUUUACUCUAAAGUUUCACAGCGAGAAAGACUCAGAGGGCUGACCUUUUAUUGCUAAUGCUGAAGCUUCCCAGACAAUGAUAACACACUGAGGAGACUCUGGGCAUAGUUAGUGCAGGGAAAACAACCACACACAUCUGUCCUGACAGUCCAAACCACCAUGCUGGAGCACUCCACUUUAGUCCACUUAAGCAAAAGUGAGCCAUUUGAGAUUUCUUUCUCUUUCAGUUUAUUGUAUAUAAAUAAAUAAACUAUCUAUGUUUGGAGAAUUGUUCCCAACAUAGAGCUGUAAGAACAAAAAACAUACAUCAUGAGCAUUAGAGACUGU